GCAGCCACACUUCACACUUGGCCGUCUUCAGCCGUUCUCAUGCGUGCAAAUCUCAAACAAAACUCAUCUUUACUGCAGAAAAACACGACUCCAAGGUGACAAUGAAGAAAGCCGUUUAUUUCUAUCCCGUCUCCUCCAAGUAAAGGCAAUACGUCCGACUGACACGACUUUACACGCCUGUGAGAGGAUCGGUCACCUUCUUUGCAACACCCAUCGGCAUAUUCCUGUUUUGAGAGAAGGGGGGGAAAGAGGGAGAAGAUGUGGAUCUUUUACAGUUCGGACAAUUCAAAGUGUAUCUUUUCUAUUUGGAACCAGUGGUGUUUGUAUUACGCAGCAGUGAUGUGUUUGUUGCUUUCGCCCGUAAGGAUGGACGACGCGUGCCCGUCGUCCUGCAUCUGUACCAGGGGCUUGAGGACGGUGACCUGCCGUGACGGGGACUACACCGAGGUACCCAGAGACAUGCCAAAGUGGACGUCCACCUUGACACUUACGGGGAGUAACAUCUCAACUUUACAGCGUGAUGCGUUCAUGACCAACGGCACGGAGUUGGAAAUGACAACACUCUCUCUGUCCUAUAACGGGAUACAGGCUAUUGAACCUUACGCCUUCCUGGGGCUUUCCCGGUUACAUUCGUUGGAUCUUAGCCACAAUCAGUUGGAGUUUAUCUCAUCCAGGGCUUUCCAUGGAUUACCCGAUCUGCGCUCUCUUAACCUGAAUUACUCCGUUUCUCCUGCGGCCACCGCGCAGCUCUCAGAUGCGCUCAACACACAAAGUUUGCGCAACCUGCACAGACUGGAGUUGGCGGGAAACAAGCUGACGUCUAUCCCCCUCGAGAGAUUAGAUGUCUUUAACCUCCACGAGUUGGUGCUGAUUAAUAACUCAAUAGAGAUCAUCGGGGAGGAAAAUGUAACCAGUUUGUACCAACAAAGGCGCAUACGCGUCUACUUGUCUUUAAAUCCGUUUCGGUGCAGCUGUGAACUGGAGGCGUUUUACUACUGGCUGAAGAACUCGUCCCAGUGCCUGGAUGCAGGGCGUCUCCUGUGCAGCGAGCCAGAGGCUAAGAGGGGGAUUCCCGUGGAAAAGCUCCGGGGAGAGGAGGUUGAUUGUAUGAACGAGAACCUGGAGGCGGUGUCAUAUGUUUUCCUAGGUAUAGUGUUGGCUCUCAUCGGGGUGGUGUUCCUGAUGGUACUUUAUCUCAACCGGGGAGGCAUCAAACGGUGGCUCAACAACAUCAGAGAGGCCUGCCGUGACCAGAUGGAGGUAUAUCAUUACCGCUAUGAGCAGGACUCUGACCCCAGACUGGCCAACGUGGCUGUUUAACCAGUCGAAACAUCAAUCCAGUGCUACAUAGUGUGAGGACAGACGAUAUUACCAGGAUAACCUAUUUAUCAAAGACUGUGGCCUUGACCUGUCACAACUACAACUGAUGGUUUUUUAAAACUAGUUUCAUCACGUUCAGCCCAUGAAUUCACUCUGGGAGAUGCACAGAGCCAAAGGCAGUUAAAUAUAAGUAACUGUUCAUCCAGCACAACUAAAUACUUCAAUCUUCUCAGCAGUGUUGUACAUAUUGUAUAUAAGUAUCUCCUCAUAGCAGAAAUGCUUUCCAUCUGUUGUGUUAUCUUACACAGCCCCACUUGUUUAGUAUUUACCCUCAGUAACCGUCCAAAGCGCACAGUAAAGGUCCAUCAAAUUUCCAAUUUGAAAAGCUGAGUCAGCGUUAUUACCCAAAGCUGCGGCCCCUGCUUAAUAUUUUACAUUCAGGAGAACCUGCGCAGAGAGCAAGACUGCUUUUAAUCUACCAGGGAGUGCAUAUUGUCAGAGAAGGAAACUCAUUUGGCAUUUUUUUUAUGGAGUGCCAUGUUUGUGGAAUAUGUUACACACCAUGUUUUCACGAAGACCCUUUUAUCUCAGAGAAGAACGUGUGUCAUUUGACACCAGAUCAGCUUAUCAGUAAAACUGUGGAAAAAGUGAAAGAGAGACCAAUUUUAACCGUGCAUGUGAUUCCUGUAGGCAUAGAAAACCAACCAAAACAUUAAU